AUGACAAACCAAACGCUGCCGAUCCGGCGCAUCUUCGAUAUCAUCAACCACGCGCCGGAAGGUCUCAAUCCGUUUGCCUUUACGGCCCUGGCGCUCGAAAAAAUAGAAAAACCUCCAUCCGGGCCCAUCGUGCGCGGUGCCUUGAUAAUCUUUGCUUGCAUCCAAGCCGCAAUUAUUCUCUGCUGCGUGGGCAUGCUGGCUAUUCCUUUCUUGCAGGGCGGGGUGGGAGUAGCGCAAAGUCAUAACUGGAUCAUGAGGCGAAAAUUUUCAGGAUCGCACAGAUUCCCCUAUCUUAUUUUAAACAAUGUCUUAGUAAUUGGAUUGAGCUACCUGAUCGGCGGUAUAUUAUUUGAAUGUUAUGUCGUACUGCAGUUCAAUACCAUGAAUUUAAACCGCCAAACCAGUCAGUUUUCGUGGAUCGAAUUAAUGAAUCUGCCUGCAUGUUGCGCUACUUUUAUUCAAGCCUUUACGAUGUUAUUUAUUAGUACAUCUAAUCCUUCCCAAGGUGGAAUUAAAAGACAUCUUCUCCCACCGCCGAUAUUCAACUUUUUUCUAAUUGGCUUCCCAGCAAUUACCACUGUCGUAUCGGUGUGCUUGAUUGUACACAAAGCAACACUCAUUCGUAAACUAGAUGACUCAUACAGUAACCUGAUUGGCCUGCUCACAGAUGCUGUCAGUCUUUGGGAUAAUGGCCAGAUAGUCCUGCCAGACUCUCAAAAAGAUGUUCUUCAAGCCGCGUAUGAAAUUUUCAUGACAGAUACCUUCCGAAAAAACAAAAGCAGGAUACGCAUAGGUUUGUUUUGGGCUUUGAUAGAUGUUCCCUCUAUACUGUUCUAUUUCAUCGGUGUCUCUACGUUGAUUACCACAGUUUAUCAGUCCAACAAGUCUUCCCAAGUGAACGCAACAGCCCUUAAGUCAGAUGGAUUCAAAACCAAUCAUUCUGAGAAGCUUUCAGAACCUCCUCCCAAAUUACUGGAAACGAGUCCGAGGCCACUAGCACGAAGUCUAAAGUUCUUAUGGUUUCAUUACUUGGCAAUGUCUAUGGCGCUCUCCAUGGAAACGGUAACUGGUCUGGUGUUUUAUCUCAACAAAGACAACCUCAAAGAGCUCAGAUUGGGGGUGGUGUUUUUUAUUACAAAUCUGUCAUGCACAAUUUUCAUUCUGAUUGCUAUGAUUAUUCUACUGGCGCGAAUAAUUGUGGAUGGGAGAGAAGAAAAGAAUCCGGUGCCUGGAAAAGAGUAG